AAUAAAAAGGCUGCAAAAAAAAACGAUAGACCUGAGCCGGUGAGCAACCGUGCCGUCACCGCUUCUGCAUAUAGGCUGCUUUCACGUUCCUUCAAUGGCGCCCCAUCUCCUUCGCCGUUCACACUAAUUCAGCAACACGAACUCACGAAGUUUAUUCCUAUCUUUCUUCCUUGGGUUCAGAUAUAUGCAUAUACAUCAUACCCAUGAAUAUCCUUUCUAUGCUAAGCGGAAAUCUCGCUACCCCUAUUAGAUACUGUCCAUAUCCUCAUCCCAUCCUAUGGAAAUCUUCUCGAAAGAAUUGCGACUGUUACCCUAAAUACGGUUCGGUAAUUAGUGGUUCAAGUCAUUCUGGGCAUAUGACUAUCCAAGCUUCAGGCUUGAAAGACAAUGGAGAGUUAGAAGAUGACGGGAAAGCUGCAAAAGGGUCUGGAUCUACGGCCAGAGGAAGGAGGCUGUUGAGGGUGCGGGAGGAGAAGAGGAAACGAGAAUAUGACCGUCUUCACAACUAUCCUUCUUGGGCCAAGGUGUUGGAAGAAGCCUGCCAGCAUGACAUAGAGCUUAGAUCCGUUCUGGGGGAUAGUAUUGGAAACCCCGAGCUUAUGAGAAAAAGGGUUGAAGAAAGGGUUCGAACCAAGGGACGAGAUUUUCAAAAGUCUAAAACUGGAUCUGUCCUUGCAUUUAAAGUCAGCUUUAGAGAUUUCAAUCCACUUGAUUCCUACAUAUGGUUUCAGCUAUACGGAGCACCAUCUGAUCGGGAAGUUGAUCUGUUUGGCAGUGUUGUUCAGGCCUGGUAUGUCAUGGGUCGUUUAGGUGCCUUCAACUCAUCUAAUUUGCAGGUGGCCAAUUCAUUCAUGGUCAACACCAAUCCUCUCUACGAUGCAGAAGCUGGGUUCAAGGUGAUGCCAUCGUCUUUUCAUGACAUUAGUGAUGUCGAGUUCCAGGACAAUUGGGGUAGAAUUUGAUGCAUAACAGGGUAGAUCUUGGAACAGCGGAUUUCUUUUCAAUCGACGUGCUUCUCAACUGCUUGACAGGGUUGAGCUCAGAAUACUUGGGCAUUCAACAGGUAGUGUUUGGUGGUCGCUGCAUGGGCGAUUGGGAAGAAGGGAUGACAGACCCUCAAGAUGGAUACAAGUACUUCAAAAUCUGAUAAUGGGAGAAAAUGGUGGAGAAGAGGGAAGAGCUUCAUAUUGAUCAAUCCACCCAUAUGUCCCUUUUCCCUCUAACUUAUACUCCGUAUAUCAUAAAUUGUAAAAAUUGCUUUGGUAAGAGCUAUAAUAUGAUAACGGCAUAGGUUUACCCUAAGUUCAUAAUAGUUUAAUCGCAAUCAACUUCGCAAAUCGCAAUAGUGGUACCUGGUUUAUUAAAUCGGGUAUUUGUGCUUAUUCGAUCGUAUUGUACCUGGUAAACCACCUUUGAUGUUUUGUGCUGGAAUUUCAAACAAGUGGACAAUUGUUGAACUUUAUGAGUGAAGUCAUUUAAAGUAAAAUGUGCCUGGUAGAACGAAGAGUCCAUAGAAGAAGGUACUUAGCUGCAUAAGAAUCAGACGUGCUUCUCAACUGCUUGACAGGGUUGAGCUCAGAAUACUUGGGCAUUCAACAGGUAGUGUUUGGUGGUCGCUGCAUGGGCGAUUGGGAAGAAGGGAUGACAGACCCUCAAGAUGGAUACAAGUACUUCAAAAUCUGAUAAUGGGAGAAAAUGGUGGAGAAGAGGGAAUAGCUUCAUAUUGAUCAAUCCACCCAUAUGUCCCUUUUCCCUCUAACUUAUACUCCGUAUAUCAUAAAUUGUAAAAUUGCUUUGGUAAGAGCUAUAAUAUGAUAACUGCGUAGGUUUACUCUAAGUUCAUAAUAGUUUAAUCGCGAUCAACUUCGCACAUCACAAUAGUGGUACCUGGUUUAUUAAAUCGGGUAUUUGUGCUUAUUCGAUCGUAUUGUACCUGGUAAACCACCUUUGAAGUUUUGUGCUGGAAUUUCAAACAAGUGGACAAUUGUUGAACUUUAUGAGUCAAGUCUUUUAAAGUAAAAUGUGCCUG